AUGCCUCACGGUGAGUACCCACUACCUACCGUGCCCAUAUCAACUUACCGACCUCGCUGACCACUCCCUGGCACAUUCAGCUACGAUCAAGUCCUUCCCCCGAGGCGUGUACGCCCCGCUCAACACCUUCUUCCUGCCCGACUCCCAGGACCUCGACAUUCCUACCUUCAAAAAGCAUGCCGUCAACAUCGCCAGUGCCGGUGGUACGUGUUGCAUCACUUGCUCCCUCUGCGCCAGCCCCUGCCGUUCCCUUGGCUCCACUGCCCCGGCUCGCGCGCUGGGCGCUUGCCCGGCCCGUUGCUGCCGGGAUGCCCACGUCGCUUCCGCUUUCGAGCCCAGAAGUCCGGCUGACCAUGUUGCCGGGGCCGAUAUGAUGAUCUUGCACAGUUGGACUCGUUGCUUUGGGCUCUAUGGGUGAAGGUGAGUCGUUCAGCAUAAUCCUAUCGACCUUUCUGUGCGAUGUAUCGAGUGACUGAGCCGGCAGGCGGAGCGGUCGGCUCGUUCGCGCUGUCUCUGUUGCCCAGAAAGGAGCGGGGGCUGCCGUAACUGACCUUUAUGACCUGGCUCGCGUUCUUCCCAGCCGUCCACCUGGACCAUGCCGAACGCAACACCAUCGUCAAGGCCGCCAGGGAGGCUUUGGACGAGAACAACCUCUCGUCGGUGCCCCUCAUCAUCGGCACCGCCGCUUCCUCGACUCGAGAGACGAUCGAGUUGACCCGCGAGGCCGCCGAGGCCGGCGCCGACUACGCCAUGGUCAUCAGCCCUGGUCAGUGUUUGAGCAGAGUUCAAUCUCCCCUGCUUUCUGACGCUGACAAAGGGCGCCUUUCAUUGUGUUGCACGUGCUCAGGAUACUUUGUCGGUGCCCUUAGCAAGGAUGCCCUCAAGACCUACUUCGCCGAGGUCGCUGCCGCAAGUCCUAUUCCCGUGAGUUGGUGCGGGGGAAGAAAAAUUUCACGUAUCUGCGGUAUCAUGCUCAUCCGCAAUUCUCAACCCUUAUAAAAGAUCAUCAUCUACAACUACCCCGGUUCCUCGGCCGGUAUCGAUCUCGACACCGACACCAUCAUUGCCAGUGAGUGCUCAUGAUUCAGAAGCGUCGGACCCCCAGCCCCACAAAACUGACCCCAUCGAUGUCUACCCCCUUCGAUAGUGGCCAAGGAUUCCCCCAACAUCGUCGGCAUCAAACUCACAUGCGGAAGCGUCGGCAAGCUCACCCGAUUGGUGAACCUCCGCCCCGACUUCCUAGUCCUCGGUGGUUUCGUCGACUUCCUUGCCCCCGCCAUGUUGCUCAACGGUGCCGGUUGCAUCACCGGUCUUGGCAACGUCGCUCCUGUAAGUUCUGGGAUUGAAAGCCUCCGAGUCUGCACCGCGGACCUCCUGUUUGACGUAGACGCUUUUUCUUCUCUGCUCCCAGAAAUCGUGCAUGAAGCUUUUCAACCUUACCCAGUCAGGUUUAAACGGAUCUGCCAAGGACCUCGCCGCUGCCAAGGAGCUCCAGGUGAUCGUCUCGAACGGUGACUGGACCAUGUGCAAGGUCAGCCUUCUUCCCGUCGCCCGGCCGUUCAAAGCGUUCCGAGCUAACUCGAACGUUGGCACUUCUUCUAACACAGGUUGGAAUCGCUGGAUCCAAAUACGUCUUGAGCAAGCUCCACGGCUACGGUGGCGAGCCCCGUCGCCCGAUCCUUCCUUUCUCCGGUGACGGCGAGAAGUUGUUGGCCGACCUCAAGCCCCUCCUCGACUACGAGAACUCGCUCCCGUGA